UGUGGUUAGGGUUCCAUCCUUUUAUAAGCAACUUCCGUAUCGUAGGGGGAUCAACAUUUGUCAGCGGCGGCGACAGCGAGCGCAACGAAGAGGGAGAGGCGAUUCGGUUGCGAUGGCGCGGAUUAAGGUCCACGAGCUUCGGGGGAAGACCAAGACGGAACUACAGAAUCAACUGAAGGACCUCAAGAAUGAGCUCUCCCUCCUCCGCGUCGCUAAGGUCACUGGCGGCGCGCCUAACAAGCUCUCUAAGAUAAAGGUUGUUAGGCUGUCGAUCGCUCGUGUGCUUACUGUCAUCUCGCAGAAGCAGAAAGCGGCGUUGAGGGAGGCUUACAAGAAUAAGAAGCUCCUUCCGCUGGAUCUCCGCCCCAAGAAGACGCGGGCCAUCCGCCGUCGACUCACCAAGCAUCAGGAGUCCUCGAAGACUGAACGUGAGAAGAAAAGGGAAAGGUACUUCCCUCAGAGGAAAUAUGCUAUCAUGGCUUAGAGGUUAAUGUUCUAUGAUUUCUAUUCUACCAUUUAAGGUUUUGUUGUCUUUGAAAAAUUAAUGAUCAGGUUUUUGUACCUGCAAAUGGCUGUGUGCUAUCUUUUCAAUUUUUGUUGAUUUAACUUUGUAGUCUUCGGUUUCUGUUGAUAUGACUUUAUUUAUAAUUUUAUUUCUA